CAGUCUAUUUUUAAUAUAUUUUUAUUUAUUUUUUUGAAAAUUUUUGAGUGAUUUUGCUGUUUUCAUUUUAGGAAAAUGAUGGUUUUUUGAGUAUAAGGUAAAAAUAUUUUUUUUUUGUGAUUUUCUUGGUGAUUUUUUUUAUUUUUGAAAAAAUAUUAAUAUGAGUAUCAGUGGAGUAACAGUGGUGGGAUCAGAUGCACCAUCAGAUUACCAUGUGGCACCUAGGACCACUGAAAAUCCUAGUCAAGUUUCUGGAUCAGCACCUCAAAUAAUGUCUAUUUCACCAACUCCGGUCACCGGCGCAGUCGCCGGCGGAGCCGCCGGUGCCGGAGCACUGGCUAUAGUGAAGAAGAAGAGAGGUAGACCAAGAAAGUAUGGACCAGAUGGGGUAGCUGUACCAUCUACGGCGGCGGCGCUUUCUCCGAAGCCGAUUUCGUCGGCGCCUCCCGUGUCGUCGCCGGUGAUUGAUUUCUCGUCGGAGAAACGGGGGAAAAUCCGGCCGGUUGGGUUAGUUAGUAAGCCUCAUAUGCCUAAGUUGGAGAUUGAAAAUUCAGGUGAAUGGGUCUCAUGCUCAGUUGGUGCUAAUUUUACACCCCAUAUUAUCACCGUCAAUACUGGAGAGGAUGUCACCAUGAAGAUUAUAUCAUUCUCUCAACAAGGGCCUCGAGCAAUAUGCAUUCUUUCAGCAAAUGGUGUAAUUUCAAGUGUUACGCUGCGCCAACCAGACUCUUCUGGUGGCACUUUGACGUAUGAGGGCCGGUUUGAGAUACUGUCAUUGACUGGAUCAUUUAUGCCAUCCGAGACGGGAGGAAUGAGAAACAGAUCUGGUGGAAUGAGCGUUUCUCUAGCAAGCCCUGAUGGACGUGUUGUUGGAGGUGGAGUUGCCGGUCUACUAGUUGCUGCCGGUCCUGUGCAGAUUGUUGUGGGCAGCUUCCUUGCUGGAAAUCAACAUGAACAAAAGCCCAAGAAAAACAAAUUGGAGCCUAUAACAGCUGCUGUUGUUCCUCUAUCUACUCCAGAUAUUGAAGAACCUUAUAAUCACUCUUCAGCAAAACCAACUAUGCCCGCUUCCUCGAUUAACUGGUCAUCGUCGUUGGCACCUGACUCGAGAAAUAAGCCAGCUGACAUCAACGUAACGCUGCCUGCAUAGUAGGGGUAAAACCUUUCCGUUCUUAUUUGAUCCUUCAUUCUCACAUCCAUUUGUUGUUAACUUGUUUAUCAACCUCGUGUCCCCGGGCAUGUCAUUUUCCGGUUGAGAUAUGUGUAGUCAUCCGAACUAGUAUUCAUCGUAGUCCCCCCCACCCCCACCCCACCCGCCUCCCCCCAGUCGUUCGUUCGUUUUAGGAUUUUUUAUUAGAUGUAUAAUUGGUCUCAGAAAUGAAUUUCAUCUUUUAGUUAAAGGGUUUAUGUUAAGUUUUAGCCAAGGUGAAUUGAUCCUCUUCUCUUGAUGGAAUGGGUGUAAAUUAUUAUAA